AUGUCGGAAUCGGACAUAGUCAGCGUUGUAAAGAAUGUAGAAUUUGGCUUGAGUAGGGUUGAUUUGGAUUCCAACAUCAAGGAAAAAAUAAGGGAAAAAAUUGCAUCUUCUAUCAAAUACCAUCGCAAUAAAUAUGAGCGCAUUGACGAGACAGUAAUUGCGACUCAAGGAAAAGUAAAAUCUGCUAGACUAUUUCUAAAAAAUCAUCCUGACAUUUUCUUUACAAACUCUGAUAAAGGAAAUGUAACCGUUUGCUUGCAAAAGUCGGAGUACAUCAGAAUCAUGAAAGAAAUGCUUAGUGAUCCAAAAACAUACCGCAGAGUAUCACGGAAUCCCUUGGAAGAAUUGCAGGCUAACGUUUACGGUUUUCUACGACACUUGAACGACAAUGAAUUUUUGGAAUAUAAAUAUAAAAACAGAGCUCUCACUCAGACAAACACCACACUGGCUAAGUGUUACGGCUUGCCUAAAAUACACAAACCAUCUUUGGCUUUUAGACCGAUUAUCUCUACAAUUAAUAGCCCUACUAGUUUUUUAGCUUCUGUCUUGUACAAAAACUUAAAAUCGUGUUUCAGCAAUCCUCCGUCUCACAUCAAUAAUAGCUUUGAGUUAAUUGAAAAAAUCAAGAAUAUUGAAGUACCACCUAAUUACAUUUUUAUUUCUAUGGAUGUUGUAUCUUUGUUCACCAAUGUUAUGUUGGAGGACGUUUUAUCAAGCUUAGACCGCAGAUACAAUGAGAUUUGUAAAAAUUCAAAGAUACCCUUUGCGGAGGUCAUAGAGUGUACGAAGUUCUUGUUUAACAAUGUGUAUUUUUCGUUUAAUGGAAAGUAUUACAAGCAGAUCGCCGGCUCUCCGAUGGGAUCUAACAUCAGUCCUUUCUACGCUGAUUUGGUUCUUGCUGAUUUGGAGUCGGAGUGCUGGAGAAGACUGAAAGAUGAAUUUGGCAUCGUUCCGUUGUUUUCGUACAGAUAUGUCGACGAUGGUUUCGCAUGUGUACACAUCAAUCAUGUUGAUACCAUUUUGAAGAUCUUUAAUAAACAAAAUACACAUAUCAAGUUCACACAUGAAGUUGAAACCGAUAAUCAUCUGAACUUCUUAGACGUGCAAUUCAUUAGGAUUGGAUCACGUAUUGUCACCAACUGGUACAGAAAAGAUAUAGCGUCACAAUGA